CACAGCCGAGUUCCAGGAAGCGCCACACCGAGCUGCGGACACCCGCGGCCACGAGGGGCGGCUCCGCAGGGAGGCAGCGGCCGCUGUCGCAGCGCCCGCCCGAGGCUCUGACCCAGCCCGGCCCCGCCGCUCCCGGCCGGCCCAGCGGGAAGGGAACGAGCGGCGCUCAGCCAUUGGUUGUCCCGCUGGGGCGGUCGCUGAGGGGAGCUUUGAUUGGCCUGCGGCGGGAAAGCUGCUCGCUGAUUGGCUGCACACUUGGCGGGGGAUUCGUGACGGAGUGAGGGCCCUGUGGCGGCGCCGCGCUCUGUUCGUCCGUGUGUGUGUCCUUGUGUGUGUGUCCGUGUGUCCGUCCGUGUGUCCUUGUGUGUGUGUCCGUGUGUCCCUGUGUCCCUGUGUGUGUCCGACCCGUGCCGGGCCCGUAGGACACCCCGGCUGUACCGCGACCCGCUCCCGUUGUUUCGCUGUUCCCUGUGCCUCACCCGUGGAGCGGCUUCUGUGAGCGGAGAGUGCACAAUGGUUUGGAGCCCUUCUGUCAAGGGUCGUCGUAAUCAUGAUUGAUUUCACCACUUUAAUCACAGAUAAUUACGGGAUGUGCUGCUCAUUGCUGUGCUGUGUCAGGAGAUGGAUUGGGACCAGUUUGACUUGAACCCUAGAACAAUUGCUGCCCUGAAAAAAGCUGACAUAAAAUCAGUAAAAGAGAUUUUAAACCUCUCUGGAGCAGACUUGCAGAGAUUAAUGAAGCUCUCCAGUGCAGACAUCCAGUGUCUGCUGAAAACUGUCUCUCAUGCACUGAGGAGGAACAGCAUGGUCACAGCACUUCAGCUCUACCAAGAUAAAGAUCAUUUCACCUCCCAGCACCAGAAGCUGAGCCUGGGAUGUUCAGUGCUAGACAACUUGUUAAAAGGUGGCAUUCCUUUAGUGGGAAUCACAGAGCUUGCUGGGGAAAGUUCUGCUGGGAAGACUCAGAUUAGUUUACAGCUGUGCCUGUGUGUGCAGUAUCCUUACAAGUAUGGUGGAUUAGAGUCUGGAGCUGUGUACAUUUGUACAGAAGAUGUGUUCCCAAGCAAACGUUUGCAGCAGCUCAUAGAUCAACAGCGUAAGCUGCGUGCAGAUGUUCCAGCUGAAAUCAUACAGAAGAUCAGAUUUGGAAACAGUAUUUUUGUUGAGCAGGCAGCAGACCUGGACACCUUCCAGCAGUGCAUCACGAGGAGGCUGUCCCUGCUGCUGGCUCGGGGCAUGGUGCGCCUCGUGGUCAUCGACUCCAUCGCCGCCCUGUUCCGCUCCGAGUUCGGCCCGGCCGAGUCGGCUCUGAAGGCUCGCUAUUUGCAGACCUUUGGGGCACAGCUUCACAGCUUGAGCACUAAGUUCAGGACUCCCAUCAUGUGCAUUAACCAGGUGACGGAUGCAGUGAGUGAGUCGGAAGCUGCUCAGUGCAGUUGUAGGGUAGUGGGUAGCAGAGUCACUCCAGCACUUGGAAUAACCUGGUCCAAUCAGCUGCUGAUGAGACUGAUGGUCAGCCGGAUAUCACUGCCCGGACUCUCACCUGGAGCAGCAUCACACUGCGCUGGAAGCUCCCUUCCCUUCAUAGCAAAAGCCUCAUUUGAAGGACAGCAAACUACAUCUGCCAUCCCCUUGUUCUCUUUGCAUAGCCUCAGGGCAAGGUCUCUGUGUUCUUCGUGAUCCUCUGCCCUGCUCUGUGUUUUGCUGGAUCAGCAUUCUUCAUGGGCUUCUGGAUGGCUGCCUCUCAUGUCCUGUGUCCCUGCUGCUGGGCUCUCAGCUCAGCCAUGAUCCUGAAGGGCACCUUGAGCUCUUUUCAUCCAUUGAGAUGCUAUUGCUCUUCUCAGGUGAUUUUUGUUCAGUUAGAGCUUCACAUGGCUUUUCUUCCCAUCUUUGUGGUAUUUGUCACUUUUUUCCGCUGUCCUCAGACCACUGCCAUGACAUCCACUCUUCUAUGGCUGACUUUUCCCAUUGCUCUGUUCUGUGUGAAAGCAAGCCAGCUAAAGUUACACUGUCCAGAGGCCUCUGUUCUGUGGUGCAAGUGAGUGAUGCUCAUUUGUAUCACAUACUCGUCAAGCUCUCACAUUUCCCCUCCUCCUGCUGCUGGCCCUGACAAGAACUCCACAUGUUUCUGUGAAGUGACAUCGCUCAGGUCUGUCUUUCAGCCAAGGAACCCUGUGAAACACCUGCCUCCUCUGCCUUUCCCCAGUCACACUCCUUCAGGACAUUCAUCCAUCUUUUCCUGUGGAAGCACGCAGCUGGGUAGCUGAAAAGGAAAGUUUUGUCUGGCUGUAAGCUGCCUCAGCUGGAACUAUGGCAGAAGAUUUCUCAAGGGACAGCUGAGUAUGACUCAAGGAAAAGAGGCCCUGUGUGACUGCCUCGGGAAGUUCCAGAGCAGAACAGGCUCAGCUUGAAGCUGAAGGAAGGAGACCAUAAGCAAGCAGAAAGGAUCAGUUGAUUUCAGUGCCUUCUGCAACCCCUUCAGAUGUCUCGGGGGCCCUUGUGCAAAUAGCACAAGUUGCAUCUAAAUAAUUUUUCUGAAAUAUCUUAAUUCUCUGUAUUUGGAAAUGACUGCACAGCAUUUUUUUAAUAAAAUCCAAUCAUGAAGCUUAGAAGCCUUUGUGUACUCUAAGGAAAAAGUGAUAAUGCCACAGCUCAGAGACAGGGUCACCUCCUUCAAAACCUUACCUUCCAUGCCUCCUCCUAACAGCUUCAAUAAAGAUCAACUAAUGCAGCACAGGUAACACUCCAGUUGUCUUCCAUUCCUGCCCUGUGUAUCUGGGCUGGAAUUGCAGCCAAGGUAAUGUUCAUCCUAUUGUGCUGACUGGGAAAAGCAGCCACAGAGAGAUGUAGCUGAUUACUGGGAGUCAUCAAACCCUACCUGGAUGUUCAUUUACAGAAGAGCCUCAUCAAGUCCUGAGCUCCAAUCUCAAGUUUGCCACACUGUGAGCCAUGUCCAAAACAGUGUGAAACCUCUGAAGGUUCAGUUUGUAAUAGUUUGAUCACUGUUUUGCAGAUGGACUGCUUGCAGGAAUGGCCCCAAAGUGUUAAAAGUCACAGAUGGAUCUAUAAUCAAAGUUCCAGUAUACCUGGUGAAGAACACCUUUACCAACAAACAGAAGUAACAUUUUACCUGCUCAAGUGUUCUGUCGUUACCCUGUUGGUUUGUUGGUGGUUUCUCUCCAGCUGAUUCAGAGUACAUAACAGUUUGUCUCCUGGCUCAUGAGCACACUCAAACCCUGAAAUCUCAAAUUCAGCUGAGUUCUAAGGAGGCUGACAGCCAACACUCAGUCCCUCCAGUUUCUGGCCUGUCCCUCAGUCCCAGCCCAGGAUGUCCAUCUGACCCAAGUGCAGCUUGGGGGCUGCAAACCCUCACAGGAACCCAACACAGCACCUGUCUAUUGAAGCCUUGUGUCCAAAGUGUUGAAAUGUGCUUGAGUUUUAAUAAAUGCAAUUUAAGAACCUUCCCU